AUGUUUCUAUCUUUCCCUGUUACCACAGUCCACUCGGCCACAGUCUCCUCAACCCCUGCCCAAACUUUCCUCGGAAUCGGCGGUUCCGGCGCUUGGUGGCCUCACGAUCUUUUCAACUUUCCCUCAUCCGUCCGACAAAAUCUCUCUUCCCUCCUCUUCUCCGACUCCGGUCUUGGUAUCUCCAGCUACCGCUACAACCUCGGCGGCGGCGGUGUCGGCGUCUCCAACCCAGUCCGUGCACCACAAACACCUUAUGUUUCUCCUGGGGUGUACAAUUUCAGUGCAGAUCCCCAAGGAACGUUUUUUCUUCAGCAAGCCUCGGAUUUCGGUGUGCCGGGGAUUACGAUGUUCCUCAAUACUGCCCCAGCCCCUUUGACUUCGAAUGGGGACAGUUGUGGAGGUCAGUUUGUUAGUGGUAGUGGAACAGCAUACGCCACGUACAUCGUUGACGUCGCGGAGCACUGGCGGGAUGCAGGAAUCAACAUUAGUUAUAUAUCCGCUAUGAACGAGCCUGAUAGUACCUUUGGACCUGUUCCUUGUGGGCAGGAGGGGAUGCUUGUUGAACCUAGCCAGAGAUCAGAAGUAGUCAGCAGCCUCUGGAACGAGCUAAACUCCAGAGGACUGAGCAGUGCUAUUGGGAUUCUCGCUGAUGAAACCUCUUCAACUGCUGUUGCUCCUACGGAGUACUCAGCCUGGUUGCCUGAGGUAGUGGAUAUGGUGGCACAUCUUGUACACCACGCAUAUGACUUCCCCUCGGACGCCAAUUAUCUCGCAUAUGUCAACGCAGCGCAUGCUGCCUCUAACGGCAAAACUACCUGGAUGUCGGAAAUAUGCUGUUCGCUGGGUACACCUGCUGGAACGGGAAGAGGGUAUUCUCAAGGAUUCGAUCCUACUAUCAACAACGCAUUGAUGUUCGCGGGAUUGGUUUUCCAGAGUUUUGUGGUAGGAGGGGAAGCCCAUUAUGAUUUCUGGACCUUGGUUUCGAAUGAAAUCGGGUGUGAACCUCUAACUAGUUCCACCUGUGUCACAACAGCCAAUUCAAACGGGUGGACGGACGGGAUGAUUUACUACGAUCCAGAUUACGCUACAAAUGGAAAUUUUGAGCUUUACCUCGUCAAGCAUUUCUGGACGUAUAAACAUUUCGGUAAUUUUGUCAAACCCGGAACACAACGCCUCCCCCUCACAGGCUCUGACGCGAACACCCACACCCUCGUCGUCUCUAACUCAACCACAUUCAGCGUCAUCGCUAUGAACCCCAGCACUACCACCUCCACGCUCUCCCUCACUUUCCCCCAAACCGUAUGCGGCACGACCGGCUUCCGUACUUCAGCCUCGGAGGACUUUGCUACAAUUUCACCGGCGACGGGAAGUGGUGAGAACUGGGAGUUGCCGUUGAGCGCGACGAGUUUGAGUACGUAUAUCUUUUCUCGGAAGGCAUGCUGA